AUGGGUCGGCCUUUUCCUUUAUGUCUUCAAGUCCCUGAAGACUCUGCCAUGAAUUUGACCUGCUUACAAGAAGCACAACAGGAGUAUGUAAAACUUUUGUUCUCUUUUCUCGCCAAGUAUUCUCAGCAAGUGAUAAACUCCAUCCCGUCGCCCUCAGAGAAACCGAUCCAUAGCGUUUCUCCUGGCGACUACGUUCUGGUCCGCAGCCUGAAUCCCACUGGGAAGGACCCACGAUACGGACCUGCAGUUCAAGUCCUCCUCACCACGGGCACUGCAGUCAAGGUUAAGGGCCAGCCACAAUGGAUACAUGCGACGCAGCUCAAAGUGGCUCCGCCAGCGGUGCACCCGUCGACUGCUCCUGGUUCUGGUUCUGCAACACCCAAACCCGAUUGA